AUUUAGAGCUCUGUUAGUAUAGUAUUUGGGCUCAGGUUGUACAGGGCUAGUGUUUAACCGAGUCCAUGUGAACAGACUCUGUCGGAUUGAAAAGCUUAACUGUUGAAGACUGCUUUAUAAAUAGAGCCACUGUGGUCUCUCUCCCUCCAUAAGAAGCAAUUGGUGUUUGGUAAGGAAUCUGCUGCAGAAACAUGUAAAAUGAAUACAGGCGAAGACUCCGUUUCCCACGCCCAUCCUGCAGAUUCAUCCUUGUGUCUUCUUGAAGAGCUUUUGCUCCAUGUUUCUGACAGCAAGAGCGUGAACAUUUUGUCUCGGGUGUCUUCAUUGCACAGAAACGGAAUCCAUCAACUAUCCCUUCUAUGUGUUGACCAGAAGACUGGGCGUCUUCUCCAGCAGAGGCAGAACCAGCUCUACAGAACCCCACGCACUCCCAGUGUGCUGGCGUUUACAGUUGUGGUUCUCUGCUUGGCUUGCUGGCUGGGCUGUCUAGCUGCAGCUCCCACAGAAGAAGAGUGGACGUGGGAAGUUGAAUCUAGUGGCUUCCUGUACGAUGACACCCCAGUCACUCAUGAACUCCACAGGAGAGAAGCCAGAAGAAAUGUCACUGUCAGCAGAGACCAGAUGGAAAGAGCAAAGCCGACAGAUUUGUCCUGCGAUUCCGUCACACGCCUCUCACGAUAUGUCUUAACGAAAGCCUUCGGCAGGAACAUGGCUUUGGACCUGCUGCCACUGCCGAGCUGUGAUCAGCUGCUCCCCUCCUCCUCCAGCAUUCAGAUUAACCCUUUGGAGCUCAUGCAGUUGCGAGUGAAGCCGUGGCUGCUUCACAGAGUGCUAGUUUUCCUGAAGAAUGGAGGAAUGCUGCCAGAAUCCCAGCAGGUGAAAGCUCUCUCCAUCCUGAAGAAACAGCUGCUUCAAAGCCGAGCCCGGGCCUCAAGGAAACCAGUCUUCACAACCAAGGACAGAUGCCCUGAUAGGAACUACAACCUGUUACCUUGGAGACCCGGACACGAUAAAGACAGGAAAGUUGUAAUCGGACCCGGUUUAUUUUUAAAGCUGGAAUCUUCAGCCACUGUUCAUUCCAUUGUUAUAGAGGACAGAGGGGCAUUAGUCUUUGCAGACUACCCAAAAUAUCCUAUCACACUGAGAACUAGGCAUAUUCUUAUUAAGGAUGGUGGACAGCUGCACAUUGGUUCGGCAAAAUGCCCAUACAGUGCCACUGCCACGAUCUCAUUGUACGGCAGGUCUACUGACGAAGCGUCUGUGGAGGAUUUCGGGAGGAAGUUUAUUGGCGUUGAUGCAGGUGGAACUUUGGAAAUGCACGGGAGGAGAGCGCUUUCAUGGACUCUGCUGUCCAGAACUUUGUAUCCAAUGGGACUGCAGCAUGGACCUUAUAGAUUCGAGCGGUACUGGGGAAGCAGGGGGAUAAAUGUUCGGGUUGUUGACGACGGGACAGCUCAGGUUCUGGCAUCUGAUCGUUUCGACACCCACAUGAUGGUUAAUGAAAGCAGGCGACUGGAAGAAUUCCUCAGUAACCAGCCCUCCGGGGCAAUAGUCGCCAUGGCGGUUGGGGACUCCGCUGCCAGGAGUUUGUCCCUUGAUUCCAGGGAGUACAUUAUGGAAGUCUUGGGGAGCAAAUACAUCAAACAUUUAGGAUACAGGCAGCCCUGGGCACUGGUAGGUACUCUCAGAGGGGGGCCAUUGUCAACCACAGAGAAUAGGAGGCUGUAUCAAUCGAGUGGAUCCACUGGGGCGGCUAUAGCAAGGAGAGAGUUUCAGACGUAUGACGGGACUCGCUUCACAGUCACUGCCUAUAGUGAAUGGGUAAAAGGAUCCCCACACAUUGGAUUUAAAGUUGAAGCUUUAAAAGGCAUUAUUUUAAACCUGGUGGAUGAAGCCUCAAGCUGGAAAACUGGAGACAGAAUAGUGAUUGCUAGCACUGAUUAUUCAAUGUACCAAGCUGAGGAAUUCAGCCUUCUCCCCUGCUCUGAAUGCAAAACAAACCAAGUCAAAAUCGAUGGCAAACCUCAUUAUCUUCACAUGGGUGAAAUUGUAGAUGGCGUUGAUAUGAGAGCAGAAGUUGGGCUGCUCAAUAGAAAUAUAAUGAUUAAAAGUGAAACAGAAGCCUCCUGUUAUGGCCAAAACCACUGCGAUAUUUUUAACUAUGAUACAUUUGGAGGACAUAUCAAGAUCCAAAGACACUUCAAGUCUUUUCAUAUGUCUGGGGUGGAGCUGACUGCACUUGGGCAGCAGAUCCUUGGGAGCUAUCCAGUACACUUUCACCUGGCCGGGGACGUGGAUCACAAGGGAGGCUACGACCCUCCAACUUACCUGGAGAACCUGUCCAUUCAUCACAGCUUCUCUAGAUGCGUGACCGUGCACGGGACCAAUGGGCUACUGAUUAAAGACGUUGUAGGUUAUGAUACAUUAGGCCACUGCUUCUUCCUGGAAGAUGGUGUGGAGCAGAGAAACACACUCUAUCAUAAUUUAGGGCUCCUUACAAAGCCAGGAACCAUACUACCCUCAGACCGGGACGAAGCCAUGUGCCUUAGAAUCCGCAGCAAUGUGUUUGGGAAGUACAGACCAGUGCCGAGCACUGAUUGCAUGGCUGUCGGCACAUUCUGGAUUGCUAAUCCAAAUAAUAACCUAAUAAACAAUGCUGCAGCUGGAGCUCAGGAUGUUGGAAUCUGGUAUAUUUUUCACCGCGUUCCUACUGGACAUUCCGAAGGCACAUUUCCAGAAGGGCAGGCUGAGCUGACACCACUGGGGAUAUUUUACAACAACAGAGUGCAUUCUAAUUUCAAAGCAGGUCUCUUUAUUGGAAAGGGGGUGAAGACAACAAAUGCAAGUGCAGAGAAUCCAAGAGAAUAUCUCACUAUAGAUAACGCAAGGUUUCGCCCACACCAGGACGCUGACCCUGCUAAGCCGAGAGUUCCUGCAGUUAUUGAUGGGCUGAUAGCCUUUAAAAAUAAUGACCAUGGCGCCUGGGCGAGAGGAGGGGAUAUAAUUUUCCAAAACUGUGGUUUUGCUGACAAUGGAAUCGGACUGACUCUUGCCAGUGAUGGAACUUUCCCGACUGAUGAAGGCUCGAGUCUGGAAGUCACUGACUCCAUAUUUGUUGGGGAGAGCAGCAAUGUGGGCUGUCAUGGAGGGCAGAACAGCUACUGGGGAGUUGGAGCCAAUGGGGAAUACAGGACUCUGCCCAGGAAUAGGACAUUUCCAAUACGUGGAUUUCAGAUCUAUGACGGUCCAAUCAGGCUGACGAAGUGCUCCUUUAAGAAGUUCACCCCGACAGCUGACAGAUACUCCAGUGCCAUUGGGUUCUUCAUGAAGAAUGGGUGGCAGAUCAGCCCACAAAACAACGUCUCCUUUGUCAAGAUGGAAAGGAGUGUUGGACUGAAUGUGUUUUUUGGCAAACCAGGCCAGUGGUUCGGGGGUAAUGACCUGGAUGGAGACAAAACUUCCAUCUUCCAUGACCUGGAUGGCUCAGUGACUGGCUAUCCUGACUCCUUCGUAGCCAGAGUGGACAACUACCUUAUCUAUCACCAGGGCUGCCUCACUGUCCCAAGAUGGAACGGGGUUAUCUGCACUGGCCAAUAUGCCCAGUUGUACAUUCAAGCCAGACGCCCUGAGAAUCUGACUCUCCUUGUUGCUAGGGAAACAUUCCCCAGCCACCCCCUGAGGCUACAGGGAGUCAAUCGCGGAGCCCCUUAUCAGCAGUAUCAGCCUGUGGUGAUGCUUCAACAAGCUUAUAUUGUGCAGUGGGAAGGAAGGGCACCUGAGGAAAUCAUACUGUACCCAAUCAACUUUAACAGAGGAAACUGGAUCCAGGUGGCUCUUUGUUAUCCCAAAGAAACGUCAUUUAAAAUCAUAUCGGACAUCAACCAGCGACAGACUGGGAAGGUACACAGUGUGGAGCACUACACACCAGCUGCAUCAAUAGAAGCGGUGCUGGUCAACUCUGAGAAGAGGCUCUUCUACUUUGACAGCAAAUCAGGGUACCUAUUUCUACACAUACAGGCAACUCACCAUCGAAAGGGGCACAGCUACUGCUCCAAGGUAGGCUGCGAGCGCAUCAAGAUUCUGGCACACAUGGUUUCCACGACAACCAUGAACUGCCCGCCUAAUCCCUUCCCAGUGAAAAGCAGCAGGAGCCCGGCUAAGCGGCUCUCCAUGUCUCAACGCGUGGCAACUCCAUGCGGCCGCUGUGGCGCCCCGCAGGCUGCCAUUUCCAGUGAACCCUACAAGGAAUAUGUGAGAGUGCAGGUUCUUUCUCUGAGCAAAGCGAACAUACAAAACGGACUUAAGUCUGCCUUUAUUAAGGUUAACGAUGAAGUAUUUUUGUUUAAAAAGCAGGGAUUGUUUUUCGUGGUGGUUGAUGCUUGCACUGGAGAAAUUAAAAGCAGACGGCACAUAGACAUGUUCAGUGUUCCUCAGGCUACCAGCGCCAUCGAUGCUUACAUUAUCUCCACAGUCAAAGAAAGCUCCCCAGUUAGGAAUACUGACUGUGUAGUGUUUCAACAAGAAAGGACUCGGGCAUUGUAUCUGAUACAGCAUGACUCACUCUGGGUGGUUCAGUAAACAGAAAACCUGAGAUAAAACUAACAUUUGGUUGGGAACCAGGGCAACAGCCUCCAUGCAAAUAUCAAAACCCGCCAUGGUGUCAGGUAGCGCGGGUUAUCUUUAGAAGUAUUACGCAUUUACAUGUUUGGUGAAAAUAGCAAAGAAGAAAACUGUAUCAUAGUUACAUAAAACUGUUUGAACAAAUGAAGAAAUCUUGCCUUCAAUGGUGCUAACGCUCAGAUAUUUAAUUUAGUUAAAUAACAUUACAUAAAACAGAUUUCCUCUGUCCUGGCAUUUAAGUAUCUUGAAGACAAACAUAUGAGCUUUGCCUAGAACAUUGCAUUAGAGCAUCAUGUGCUGUAAUUUUGUUGACGGAAUAUUUUUUCCAGUUGCUUCGGUUCCAUCUCCCUUUUUUUCA